GUUUUUGCCCGUUUGUGUGAUUCCUACUUUCUUCUCUUUCAUCUUCAUCAUCAUCCACCUUUUUUCGACACGCAGAACAAUUCAACAUUGCAUCCGGGGCACUGCUCGUUCUGGUGACCCUACGGGGCCAGACGUCCAUCUCAGAAUCCAACAGUCACUUAUUUCCUGCACAAGACCGAAUCAGAUCAUGACAACACCGAAAGUUCACUUCUCACGACGAUUCGCUACCAUCAGCCUUGUGUUGACCGUGAGUGCGAUUGCGAAUGGUUAGGCGCGGCCUUUUGGGUGCGGCUACUCGUAAGUAUCAUCAUUUGCAACCGGCCAGUUUCACUCGUAGGUUCUACUGGCGCCUAGACCUUAUCGUCGAUACUUUAGUCACUGUGCCUGGCCUUGAAGAAGGGAAGACAUAUUUACGCUGCUCGGUGACUGCCUCCGGACGGUUGUUCCAGACGUUUACUUUCACUUACCACCUCCAGCCCUCCGCUGCGUCGGUACUUUCGGUCAGCAUAUGCUCGAUAGUCGUUUAUAAUCAAUACGGCCGAUGCCCUUCUUCCUUCCCUCCUUCAUUCGAACUUCUUCGUGAGCUGCGACUUUCGAGCUCCACCCGACCCCUAUGUCCUCCGCGCACGCCCUUUUCAUAAGGAUGGCAUCGAGAUUUCAGACUACCAGGACAAUUUGAUACCGGGUUUCUUUGCACGCCCUUCUUACAUGGCGGCUGAGCCUGGACUGAGCGAACUGAGAUUCUCCCUACGUCCACCGGGCGCAGACAAUCUCGACCAGCUCGCCCAUAGUUCACAGUCUUCAGGUCAAUGCUGUUGCCUAUUUUCGUGAAGUGUCUGCGAAGAGUUCGAUCUUAUUUUGGGAAUGACCCAAGGUCAUAUGGAGCCUUGAAGCUUUCGGUCCACCCACAAUUCACGUCGAGCGUUCGAUGAC